AGUGCUCUGACAUCAUAUCCCUAAACCGCAGCCCUAAAAGCCCUGCCUGGACCGGCCCUGGCCUGGGCCCACUCCCACCCGAGCGCUCACAGCUGCAGGUGCAGAGCCAGAUGUGCAUCAAGCAGUAAGGCUGCCGUCCAUGGAGAGGCCGCUCACGGUGCUGCGGGUGAGUCUGCAUCACCCCACACAGGGCAUGGCUGCCUUCACCAUGGUUCCACCGCUGCUGCAGCAUGACACUGGCCCGCUGCUGGUCGGGCGGGGGCAAGAUGCCCAGCUCCGGCUGCAGCUGCCCGGUCUCUCCCGCCGGCACCUGUCCCUGGAGCCCUACCAGGAGGAGGGCAGUGCUCCCCUGGCCUUCUGCCUCAAAGUCCUGAGCCGCCGGGGCCGCGUGUGGGUCAACGGGCUGACGCUCCACUACCUGGAGCAGGUGUCCCUAAGCCCCGUCAACAGGGUCGCCUUCUCUGGCGUCCAGAUGCUGAUCCGCAUAGAGGGAGGUGACUCCCUCGAGGCUUUCGUCUGCUGCUUCCAUCUCAGCCCCUCGCCCCUGAUUUACAGGCCCGAGGCUGAGGAGACUGAUGAACGGCAGCACAUCCCCCAGGAGCCGACUGGCCCGGACCGGGGGAGCGGACUCCAGGUCCCCUGGGGCUUCUCCCAGGCCCUUCCCAGACAGGGGGCCGCUCUCCCCAGCCAAGCCCAGGGGCAGGAAUAGAAAUACUGCUCUAGAGGGAGCCCCAAGACGGUGCACUCUGCUAGCCUGGCCUCUGGGAAGAAACCUUUGCUGAAACAGGACUUGAAGUAUUCCAGCUACGUCAUGCGAGGGUGACAUGCAAGGCCUGCCGGGGCCUCACUAAUGAGCCAUUUCUGCAAACGCCGUACAGCCUGGGGGUGGGGGAGGGCACCCUCGCCAUUACAGCUAGGCGAGGUAAUGGGGAACUUCAUAUACUUUUAGAGGCCCUGAGGGGUUGCGGGGAGUCUCUCUCAGCAUUUCCCUACAUUUCCCCUCCUGUUUGACUGGAGUCACUUUAUGUUGCUAAUUUCGUGUGCCCUUUAAGAGCGGGAGUUAGAGGUUGCGCCAAGAAUGCACGGACACAUGUAACGAUUAUGUUUGUGGUAGCUCAGGGUUACUUCGGCUUUCAAAUACCCACAGGCCCAGGGGGCUUAGGGAAGCCUGUGUUUAAUAAACUGCAAGCAUUUCAUUAA